AUGGUGCCCAAAACUGAACGUCCCCCUGUUCCCAACCCCUAUGCAAUCGACUAUGCCCCGACAGACAGGGCUACAUGCAAGGGGUGUGAUGGACGCAUCGGUCUUGAUUCUCUGCGCUUCAUACGAAAGGUGUGGAGCCGUUUUCAUGAUGGCUUCGAUGAGUUAAAAUACCACUUACGGUGUGGCAAAAAGUAUACAGAUAACCUCGAGGAAAUUAGAUUGUGGCAGGCUUUGCGUUGGAGCGACAUUCUUCGAGUUGCAAAGAGCUUCAACACAACUAUAGAUGAGGAUCAUCCCGCAGUGCAGGCACUGAAAAGACGCAGCGAUGCGAUUUGGAGUCUCAAAGCCUUGCUUGUGAUUGGCGAGGCUGCGCACAUUGUAGCGGAUGGAUUCAUGUUUGGGAAAUUCCCCCCGUGUCCUAUCUGCGGGAACUCUGCACUUAUCCAAUACGGAGGCGAAAUUCACUGCAAGGGCUACGUAUCAGCAACUACAAAGUGCGUCUUUUCGUUCGUGGUGUCAGAUAUCUUGAGGCCAGAUGAAGUUUGUGACAACUCUGCGACUGGCGUUUCUUUUGAAGAGCUAGAGCGGAAGGAGCUUUUCGUGCUGCCGGAUGAAGCAAAGCGAAUCCCCGUAUUCAAGAAGUGGAAGUGCCCUGAAGGUGUCGAGGGCUGUGCGCCGUCUCCCAAAGCCCCCAAAGCGGAGAAAGAUUCGGGUGAACCUGAAUUUAUCCCUCCUGGAAAAGAACUUGUGGGGCUUAGCUUUACAUCAGUAGGCGCAACUGAUCCCCCGAAGGCGGAGCUCCAACUCUUGAUCGAGAAACACUCCGGAGAGUACACCGAGCAGCCCGAAGGGCGCACAACAUUUCUGUUGGUCGGGGACGGCGACAGUCACGAGUUCACGAAAAAAUAUCGUGAUGCAAAAGCCGCAGGCGUCCCUAUUGUGCAUGGUCUGCUCUUACGGAAAAGGAAGUAUGCACAGUAUUAUCUCGUUGAGGGGAAAAUUGCACUCGAAUUGCCAAGUCCAACAGAGUCUCUCAAGCAGCUUCGUGAAGCUCGCGCAAAGGAUAACUCUCGAACGAAGCGCCCGCCCAUCGCAAAGGGAUCUCCGCUUUUGCAGGUGGAUCCUCUAUUCAGUUGCAAGGGAGGUCAUAUUUACGUGGACAAGUAUGGAAAUGCCUUCAAUUGCUGCACACAAUUUACUGACAUCAGCACAGGCAUUAACAAGUACUAUUCCAUGCAGAUCGUUCAAACUAACAAGGCAUAUCACUUCUUCACGAAGUGGGGUCGCCUUGGGGCUGACGAUAAGUUGACGAAUGAUUACAAGCAGCAGUCAUUUGGACAGGACGUGGAUGGCGCAGUUGAUGCAUUUGAGUCAAAAUUUUUUGGGCUAACUGGCACCCAAUGGAGUGACCGUUUCAACUUCGUUCAGCAGCCUGGCAGGUAUGGCUUUGUUGAGCUGGCGGGCUAUGAGAUGGAAGAUGGGUCAACUGAGGAACCCAAGCUCAAACGCGCAAAACUUGAAGCUGCCAGCGCUAGCAGUACUGUGGCAGAGUGCACUCUACCCCCAGAGGUCAAGACUAUCGUGGAGCUCAUCUUUGAUCGUAAACUGGCAGAGAAGCUGCUCACCGAGCAGCAUCUCAACCUUCAAAAACUCCCGAUCGAUUCCAUUUCCAAACGGCAGCUGCAGGAAGGCUAUGCAGUACUUCAGGAAAUUCAAAACCUCCUCCGCGAGGACGCAGAAAAAAUCAACACGCUUAAGCAUCAGACCCGGUUAGCGGACGCCACAAAUCGGUUUUACAUCAAAAUACCACACGUCUUCACUCACGCCGAAAGGCCUCCAGUUCUUGACUCACUGGCAAAGUUGAGGACCAAGAUCGAAAUGAUGGAACAGCUGUUAGAGGUGCUGCUGGAGCACAUAUCGGUCGCGCAAUCUCUUCUGACAGACGCUCUGCUAAACGCUAGAGACAAGCACCCACUGGAUGCCCAAUACGAGCAGCUGCGCUGCAAACUGGAGCCGCUGCCCAAAUGCCACGAAGAGCGUAAACUGGUGGAGCGGCUUGUAGCAGACACCCACGCACCGACCCACAACACGUGGAAGCUAAAGAUCCAGAGCGUCUUCAAGUGUGAUCGCCAAGGAGAAACGGAACGUUUCAACAAGGACCUGGGCAACCGCAUGCUAUUGUGGCACGGUUCCCGCUUGACAAAUUGGCCAAGUAUUCUCGCCAAAGGUUUGCAAGUUGCCCCCCCAGAGGCGCCGUCGUCAGGGUACAUGUUUGACAAAGGGAUUUACUUUGCCGAUAUGGUAAGCAAGUCAUCGCAGUACUGCUUCGCGUCAUCUGCUCAACCGCAUGGGCUUUUAGUCCUUUGUGAGGCGGCACUGGGGAAGCAGCGCCAGCUCCUUGGGGCCGACUAUGAGGCGGCUACCAAGUGCAAAAGUGAUGGGGAAGACAGCGUGCACGGCGUGGGCCGCAUGUGCCCCAAUCCAGACUCUGACUUUGAGAUUUCAUCGGUCAUUGAUGGAAAGCCAGUUCGUGUCUGCGGUGGAAAGAGCUGGAACAACUCAAAGGCGGUCGACGACCUGAAGGCCAACACGCCCGGGAGUCCUGAUGCAGCCCUGAUGUAUAACGAAUACGUCGUUUACGACCCACGUCAAAUCAAGAUACGCUACCUGAUUCACGUUGAAUUCGAGUUCGCGUCGUUUGACCUGGAUUCCAUCUGA